CCUUUUAAAUAUGCAUGAUCCUUCCCUUCCCUUUCUUCUUAAGCCUUUUCACGAGACGGACGAGUUGACUCGCCCUGUUUUCUCUCCCUUAUUUCUUCUUCUUUUCAGAAACCGUCUCUAUUUCAACUCUUCUCAGAUCUGCAACUGAUCAAACAUUUAUCUUUCUUCUCAAAUUCUUUUCAACUGCAUUUUCUUCCAUGGCUGCCAAAUUCCUCGCCUACGCUCUUUUAGCAUUGCUUUCUUUAGGAGUUGCGCUCUCUGCAAGUCCUUCUGAAGAAGAAUCGUCGCCGAGUCCGUCUCCUGAACUACCUCCUGCCGGUUCGCCGCUACUCUCCGCUCCUUCUUCUGCUCCUUCACCUGACACUGGAUCUCCGUUGUUUGCUCCGAUGGAUUCACCAAUGUUUUCGCCACCAGCGCCUCCACCUUCAGAUCUGCUAAGUCCUGGUUCUUCUCCCUCUCCAGCUCACUCCCCUCUGAACUCUGGAGCUCCUGCGCCGGCUCCCAUGGAACCGAGUGAUAUUAAUCAUAUCGACAAUGUAGAAGCAGUUGGUGAAGAGUCUAAGGGAGAUUCUGGAAUGAGCGACGGAAAGAAGGCGGGGAUUGCUAUUGGAGUAUUUUUGGUCGGAGGUGUGUUUACAGUGGGUGGAUUUGUUUACAAAAAGAGGCAGGAAAAUAUCAGAAGAUCUCACUAUGGUUACUCGGCCAGGGGAGAGCUUCUGUGAAGAGAAUGAUAGAGGUCAUAAAAUUUAAGAUUAGCUGUUAUUAUUAUCAUCGCUGCUAGAUUUCAUUAUUAGUUUCGAUGGUAUACAAUUGAAUUGAGUUGAGAGGAUCGUCCAUUUCUUUUAUUCAUUGUUUCAUUGCUUGCAUAGGACGAUCUUCUCAUUUAUGCAUAAUAGUGGAUUUUAUAUUAGUCAAUAAUAAUUCAAGAUUAGUAAGUAGUUAAA